AUGCCAUUUACGAUCGCAUUUUCCAUCAGCCGCUUUUCAACAACUUUAUUUUUCUCUGUAUCUUAUUCCACCCACUUUGUAAUACCCUUUCUCUCUCUAUCAGAUUCACCCCCCUCCCUUUCACUUUCAUAUUUCCAUCUUUUUCUCUUUUUUUUUUCAUUUCACUCUCCUUUUUCCAUUCUCAAUCUUCUUUCUUCCUCUUUCCUCUCUUUAUUUUCUCUCAUUCCUUUACUAUCAUUCUCUUUUCUUUUCUCUUCUCUCCCAUUUUCUUUUCACACUCAUUUCUUCCUUUCUUUUUAUUCAUUUUUUCCGUUUCCAUUUUUUUUUUCAUUUUAUUUCUCUCUCGUUCUUCCUUCUUUUUUUCUUCUCCUAUCUUUCUCCUAUCCGUCUUUCACCUCUCUCUCUCUCUCUCUCUCUUUCUCUCUCUCUCUCUCUCUCUCUCUCUGUGAUGGCCUCUCAUCUGUUGCCGACAUGACGCCCUAUCUUUGCUACUUUCCAUUCGAUACACGCCAUUCGGAAUCAAAGUCUUUCAUUUUCUCUGUUUCUUUUUCUCUUAUUAAUGUCUUUACCUCCCCUCCUUCACAACUGAUUGGCCUUCUAUUCGCUCUUUCUUUCUUUCUUUCUUUCUUUCUUUCUUUCUUUCUUUCUUUCUUUCUUUCUUUUCUUUUCUUUUUUCUUUUCUGCUUUCUUUCUUCCUUCCUUCCUUUCUUUCUUUCUUUCUUUCUUUCUUUCUUUCUUUCUUUCUUUCCUUCUUUCCUGUCUCCUUCCUUCCUUCCUUCCUUCCUUCCUUUCCUGCUUUCUUUCUUUCUUUCUUUCUUUCUUUCUUUCUUUCUUUCUUUCUUUCUUUCUUCUGCUUCAUCUUUUUUCAUCCUGAAUUCAUCGACUGUCUUUCUCUUCUACAUUUCUUCAUCAGCGCUUGGCUCUUUCGCCUCCAUUACCGAAUUCUUUGAAGGUUUUUCUCAUUUCUUCUUCUUCUUCUUCUUCUUCUUCUUCUUCUUCUUCUUCUUCUUCUUCUUCUUCUUCUUCUUUCCGUUCCUAGUUCUUUCGACAUCAAAAGCUGCCCUCAGACCGGAAUGCAAAAGCAGGAUUUCACAUGAGCAACACGCAAACACACAGUUGGUCUGUCUUUAUAGCUAUACAACCCAUCUUCCUUUAUCUAUCUAUCUAUCUAUCUAUCUAUCUAUCUAUCUGGUUAUCAUUCUGUUCAUAUCUAUCUAUCUAUCUAUCUAUCUAUCUAUCUAUCUAUCUAUCUAUCUAUCUAUCUAUCUGAGUUGUACAUCUAUAUGCAGUCUACCCAUAUCUAUCUAUCUAUCUAUCUAUCUAUCUAUCUAUCUAUCUGGUUAUCUAGCUAGUAAAAAAUGCUACAACUAUUUGAUUGAUCUAUCUAUCUAUCUAUCUAUCUAUCUAUCUAUCUAUCUAUCUAUCUAUCUAUCUAUCUAUCUAUUUCUAGCUAGCUCAGUCUGUUUAUAUCUAUCUAUCUAUUUCAAUCUGCUCAUUAUCUAUCUAUCUAUCUAUCUAUUUCAGUCUGUUCAUAUCUAUCUAUCUAUCUAUCUAUCUAUCUAUCUAUCUAUCUAUCUAUCUCGCAACAUUUAUAUAUAUAUUUAUUUUUCCAUAAUAUCUAUAUAUAUUAUUUAUUCAUUUUUAUCUAUCUAUUUAUCAAUCUAUCUAUCUAUUAUUCUGUUUUAUUUAUCUACAUAUCUUCUAUCUAUCUAUCUAUCUAUCUAUCUAUUUGAUUUAUCUUUAUCUAUUUUCUUCUAUCUUUAUCUGUUUAAUGGCUAUCUAUCUAUUCAUCUAUCUAUCUAUUAUCUAUCUAUCUAUCUAUUAGAUAUCUUCAAUCUUUUUCCUUCUAUCUAUCUAUCUAUCUCAAUCUGUUUUUAUCUAUCUAUUAUCUAUUUAUCUAUCUAUCUAUCUAUCAUCUAUUUAUCUAUCUGUUUUAUCUAUCUAUCUCAUUCUGAAUAUUAUCCAUCUCAUCUUCCUCUCCAAUUUUCUUAUCUCUUAUCUAUAUAUUUUUUCCAUAUCUAUUUAUUUAAUAAAUAUCUACAUUUUUUUUUUUUUCUAUCUAUCUAUCUAUCUUUAAAUGUAUUUAAAUCUAUUCUUCUAUUCUAUCUAUCUAUCUAUUUAUCUAUUCAUUCUUUCAGUGUCCUAUUUUCCAUUCCGUAUUGUGAAUUUUUGGUAUCUAUUUUAUCUAUCUGUCUAUUUUUAAUCCAAUUAUUUUCAAUCUUUUCUAAAAAUCUAUCAAUCUUUCAUAUUCUAUCUAUCUAUCUAUCUCAAUUAUUUUUAUUUAAUUUUUAUUCUAAAAUUCUAUCUAUUCUUAAAUCUAUUUAA